AAACUACAGAGACCAGAGACACACACUGAGUAGAGUGAGAGAGGAACCUGUACUCUUCCACAACAUAAGGAGACGGGAAUACACAAGAGAUAUUAAUUAUUUUUUGCUCGAUUUCUGCAAAGUGGACUGUCAAUGCCUUCAAGAGAAGACACAUAAUACUCCGAUCCUUGUUUCACCUUGGCUGGAUCCGGACUCUUGACAGCCUAUGCUUUUUUGGAGCGGUGCACCGGUCUUUUUGUGUGUGCGUGUUGGGGCUUCAACGGUGUUUCAACUGGUGGAUUAUGUCAACGAUUGCUGAUCUGUCUACAAAGAUGGAGGAAAAAUGCCAGUGAAAUGAAUGAAGAAAAGAAGCGUUCUAAUAAUCGUAAUAUCAAAACCUUUUGGUACCUGGAGAGUUGAAAACUCAAUUUUCAUUCGCAGAUAGUGAAACGUCAGAUAUCUAUUUUAAAUGUAUUAUUAUUUUUGCAAUUUAGGACAUACAGAAUAACUCAGACUGACUGAAUUAGUGACAGUGAUAGAUGAAGAUGGCAUUAUUUCCUGUACCGAGACAGUGUUAAAUGAAUUGAUAUGAUCUCAUUGAUACAUCAUCUCUGGAUGACUGCAGACUGAUAACAUUUCAAUUGACUAACAAAGGCCUACUUGACAUCCCUAGAUGUGCAACGGCAGAUAGCAGUAGAUUGAUCCUUUUUUUUUUGCCUAAAAGAGGUACAAUAAACAGGGUAGAUCAAAUCCCACUGUGGGCACGAUGGAUACUCAGGCUAGAAAUCUGAGGGAAAAGUUGACUCCCAUCAAGGUGAAUUCCAAACAUGAUACGGAGGGUGAGGAUGACAAAAUACCAGAGACUUUUGACUGCAAUGUUUGUGGCCGCAGCUUCCCUUUCCUGAGCUCUUUGUCACAGCAUAUGAGACGCCAUACUGGCGCACGCCCUUAUAAAUGCCCCUACUGUGACCACAGGGCCUCUCAGAAGGGCAACCUCAAAGUUCAUAUACGCAGUCACAAACUGGGUACGCUCUCUCGCCACCACUCCAAUGAGGAGGAAGAAGGGGGCGCAGAGGAAGAGGAGAUGACUGUUUCAGAAGGUCUUGAUGGAGGCACAAGUCCAACCAAGAGCAGCUCAGCCUGUAAUCGGAUGAUCAGUGGUCAUAGUGCAGAAGAUAGCCGCAGGAAAGUGCCAGUGAGGAGCGUGAAAAGAGAGAAAACUAUAAGUGAUCAGCUGCCUUACUGCUGCCGUCUUUGUGGCUACGAGGCCCAGCGGGAGGACCAGCUCCUGAGCCAUAUUGAGAAGGUCCACAUUACUGUAGACACAGGGGAGCAGACAAGUGUUAAGGAAGAAGCUGUGGCUGAACCAGAUGAAUCUAAGUGUGAUGGGACCUUUACCUGUGAAACCUGCGGCCAGGUGUUCACCCAAGCCUGGUUCUUAAAGUCACACAUGAAGAAACAUGCUGGGAUCCUAGACCAUUGCUGUCAAAUAUGUGGACGGGGCUUCCGCGAAGCUUGGUUUCUUAAAUCCCACAUGAAAACACACAACACCAGAUCACGGUCUCGUGCAAAAUCUGAUUCUGCUGAGCAUCCUGCCACUAUCAAUGAUGUAGCACAAGAUCCUGAAAUUGUUUGCUCUGUUGAGUCGGUUUACCAAAUGUGCUCUAAAUGUGGGAAUCUGUUUCAUAGCAAAGAGAGCCUGAGGGCUCAUGAUAAAGUCCAUGGUCUCAGUUAUGGAGAUCAACCUCAGAACCAGUCACAACCCAGUGAUGGUGAAGAUUCACCAGCCUCAAAGAGACGUUUACUUGACUGCUUAGGCCUACAGUCUGUUGCAGUAAAGGCUGCGGAGGUUGAAAGUGAUGCCAUACUGGGUCGAAGAAUCCCAGAGCUUGAUCCAGUUUGCAGUUACCAAGCAUGGCAUUUAGCUACAAAAGGAAAAAUUGUAGAACCAGUUGAAAAUAUGAAGGUUUCCAGUGAUGGAGGAAAUAUUGGAGAAGAAGACAUUGCUACAGCCACUGUCGUUUACAAGAAAGAGAACAACGGUUAUGCCCUUCAAGUUCAAGAAAAGCGCAACACAGAGCGCCGCAGCAGCUCUGGUUUGGGAAACCAAGCAUCAUCUGGAGACCAGACACCAGAGAAUCUCAGCGAUUCGGAGUACCGGCCAUCAUCUCGCCAGGAACGGAGACGGUCAUCCCAGUCUCAAGGUCCCUCUAAAUCCCUUGAGUGCUUUGAAUGUGGGAAGAUGUUCCGUAGUCGUCACCAGAUGAUCGUCCACCAGCGACUCCAUAGAAAGGAUGGUAGCAGGACAUCAGUGAGCGACAAGGAAAAAAGUAGAAGGAAAGACCAGUGGAGCUCCAUGAGUGACCCUGAAUCAGGCUCCCCAAACCGACCUUUAACCCCGGGGUAUGGAGAUUCUCCACCAGCCUCCACUUUCAGAGACCAGGCAUCUGAGAUGGGCACUGCUAACUCAGGAGAGUUUCCAGAUGAGAGGCCGUACAUCUGCAGCCUGUGUGACUUUGUCACCACUGAGUCACAUGCAUACCUGGCUCAUGUCCGUGUUCAGCAUUCAGCUUCCUCUGAAGACAGAGCCAACCCCACACCUAGAGUCACCCCCAAUGGAUACCCCAAAUUAAAGAAAGCGCUCCUGCAAGGUCUGGAAAAUAUUCCAUCCUCUCUUUCUGAUCUUUCAACUUGCUCUCCUCUCCAUGAGUCUGUUUUGGCCCCUAUGGAUUUAUGUAUGAGGCCCGAAGGUCAAAGGGGCCAAGCCCCCAUAACCCUUGACAGGAAAAUCCUCCCGAACCAUAAAUGCUCCUUCUGCUCCCAUUCAACCCUCUAUCCCGAGGUUCUGUGGAUGCAUCAGACUGUUGCCCACCGCAUGACCAGUAGUAGCUCCAAUCUGGUGCCUAAAUGGGCCCUGAAAAACAACACCAAGGGGCCAAAAGACUUGUCCUCCAGGAGACGAACUGCCCCCCCACCAGUCUUGGAGGGUAAAGACUGUCCACCCCUGCCAGCAGUUGUGCGUGUCCAUCGCACACGACCCCCAACCCAGUCCAACAAAGUACGACAAAAAAGCAAAACAAUUUCUCAUGCAGACACAGCAGCAUCAAGAUCAUCCCCUCACUCUUCAUCUUCAUUGUCACGACCAUCCACAUCCACCUCAGGAUUUCACGCUGCAAGAGUCCCUCAGAGUCAACCUUUGCACUCCAGACCCAAAAGUGAUGUUUCCUCUCGAAGGAGCUCGCUGUCAUCCUCCACCUCUAAGGAGAAGAGCUUCAGCACACCUUCCCGUUCUUCAGCCCCAAGCCUCAACUCUGCUACUGCUACCAAAAGGGCAGAAUGUUAUAAGAUGCCUCAGGAGGGACUCGGCUUCAUGCUUUCCAACAAGUACGGUAGCCAAGCAGAGUUCGACCAAGCUAGAGGCUCUUCUUAUCAAUCACUCACCAACUCCCAUGGCCAGCGACAGACUAAUGCUACCAGGCCUAGUAGCAUCAUCCACAACUCCACAGCGGGGCACUAUGGAGCGACGCAGUCAUAUGGAGGCAUUCUUCAGACUUCAUCAUCCUCCUUGCCCUCAGAGGCUUAUGGGAAUGUGAAGCAGGAACAAACAUCAGAAAUCCCAGAAAUGCCAAACAACAUCCUCAGCUUCCUCAAAAAUUACAACCCCCAUGAACUGGCUGCACUGUACCACCGCUGGGGUGCCACAAAUUCACUUUUGGAUCCCACUGGGAUGCUGAGGUCUGUCAUGCGACAGGGACAGCAUUUCUGCCAUGAGUGUGGGAAGAGUUUUGGUCAGCCCAGCCACCUCCGCACUCACAUGAGGUCCCAUACAGGAGAGAGGCCUUUCCGCUGCCAGCUCUGCCCAUACAGAGCCUCUCAGAAAGGGAACCUGAAGACACAUGUCCAGAGUGUCCACAACAUGCCUUUUGACAACAGCAAGUAUCCAGAUUCCAGAAACUUGUUGCUGAGCCCUGAGGAGCGCAGAGAGUUCGGACAAACACCAACCCCACAAAAUCAGCCUUAGCGCUUCUUAUGGACUUCUGAAUUUCAGUCCAGGCUAGUCAGGAACUCACAUCAACUGAAAAAUGCCAUCAUCACAUUGAAUAAUAGAAGGAUUUGAUCAGCGUUGGAUUUUAUGGUUGACAAUGUGAAAAUGUUUUCGCGCUUCAACCAACCCCCUUUAACGAGGGCUUUCUAUAUUUCUUGUAGUUCAACAGUGACGUUUUGUAAUGAAUGAAUGGCUGCUUUUCACGACCCAAAAAUAAUACAAUGGGUAAAGUCAGAUUAAGGCACAAACCUAUUUUGCUCCGCUUCUUGCAAUUGAAGGUUGAAAAUAAGGAUCACAAUGUGUUGAAUGAUAUAUACUUUCUGAGGACAAUACUGAACUCAUUGCAUAUGAAAAUAUAUUUUAACUAACUGCCGUGGCACGCUACUUUAGUGGACAACUUGUUUCUCCCUUUUCUUAUCGUACUUGAUGCAUCACUUAUAGCAGCACGCUAUUGUCCAUAAUCUGCUGCAAGUAACCUUUUUUUAUUCACUUCUUUAAUUACUUUAUAUUUUAAUGAAUUUAAUAACUGAUUAUCAAAUGAAUGAGUUCUCCCUUCAAAUAUUUGGGCACAAAAAAGAAAAAUAUUGGAGCACUCACAGUGGUAAACCAUCUUAAAAUUGACUGAGGUAAUUACAUGAUUUGCAAUAUAGUGGCCAAUAAAUGCUAUCUGCAUUGUAUAACUGAUUAAUCGACUAAUCAUCACAGCCAUAAAGACUUCUUCUGGGCUAAAAGCCAUUACAGUGUCUUGUGUGAUCCAGCAUGUGCAAAUGGGUUGAAGUCACUUCACUCCACUCCUUAGUGAAUUCUUAAGAGUGACCACUCCGAGGGAGAUGAUUAGAGAGACUGGGGGGUGGAGAGUGAGAGAGAGGGAGAAAGACAGAGAGAGUGACUGCUCUAAUGCUCAUUAAAAAGAGUUGCUUUUUAAUAGCCAUUAUAAAUGAGUGUACCACUUUUAUGGCCAUACAAUUAUUGUCAAUUGAAGAGGAAGGGGCUGAGUGCUGGCACUUUCCAUCUAUAUAACUCCUUUAUAUUACUGAGCCUUUCUCACACUGACACUUUGACUUUGAUUUACACUGCAAACCUGCAGUGGGAGCAGCUUGAAGACUCAGAUUGAAAUUACAUAAAGUAAAGGGCAGCUGGUACACGUUUGGAGGCAAAUAUGAAUCUGCUAAUGCUAGCCAGUGUGAUUGCGUUGUGAAAAAUGCAUAUGGUAACUGGAGUUAGUGUUAUUUUAAUUUCAGUUACAUUUAGCUGAAGGCCGAUGUUCAAACCCCCCCCCCAACUGACUCAUGGUUGAGACAGCAGGAUGCAAAUUGUGGAUCACCACAUCAGACUUUAUUUUUUCACCGAACGUUUCUACUUGAAAAAAUGUUCUGUUUGAUCUUAUGACAUGUAAUCACUGCAAUACACGGCCACGUCAAGAUACCUGUCGUGAUCUGUUUUGAGUUACAAUAUCGUAAUUUGGUCAUCUGCUUUGUGUUAAUCGUUAUUUGCACUGCUUUUUGACACCGGACAAAACUAUUGAUCAAUUUGGGUUUUAUUAUUGAUAGAAACUACGUGAAAUUCUCAGCCCAGAGUGUUUUAUUUUGUAUGAUUCGUCAACUGGUAUAUUGGUGGGCCAAAGUGAAGUGUUACAAAAUAUUCCUUCUUUGUCCAACAGUGGGAAGAGUCACAAAUGGGCUUUGGUAUCUUCCAUGAGGUUACGUCCAACUUGUCUCAUGACGAAAGGCCAUUCCGUCAUAUGCUACCAAAUUGUGAUGUUGAACUCUACUGGAUUGUAGAGCAGCCUUAGCACAGAUGAGGUUGCAUGUCUUUGUGCAUUAUUUUCCAAUCUACUGAAAAGGAUGAUUAACAUCCAUCCUUGUGUUGUGCCUACCUCCUUCCAAAUUGCAUGUUAAUAUGAAGGAGGGGUUGGUCUUUACAGUUUUUUUUUUCUUCAUAUUCUCUACUUGGGCUUGUCUUCAGCAACCCCCAAAUUGAGUAAGCCAUGCCUUGACAUAUUGGAUAUAAGCAGAUUGUCACUUGUCAGGGAAUGUAAUUGUGAGGUACAUUUUUGCACGCAUAGACUAUUCAAACGAGUUCGCAUACCGAGUACGAAACUAUUAGUCUAUUUUAAAACCUCAGUAGUUUUUACAACAACAAAAAAAUAGAUGUAAUACCAGCUGAGAUAUGCAUACUAUGUUGUGUACCUUAAUAUGUCUAAUGAUACACCUAAAAAGUGUGUUUUGAAGCUGUGGGUAGUGAAAAUACUUGAAAACAAAUAUUCUAGCCUUGUAAUGUAGAAUAGUACUAAUAAUGCCCACAUUGUACAGAAUUCCCUUUAAGAUUAACUCCUCAGUUAGAAAUUUGUACUCCGAAGUGUGACUUAGUGAAAGUGUGAAGCUGGAGUGACUGUAAUAUAAACUGUUUUAUCUGUAAUCCACUCUUACCAAACUCUUUAUAUACAGCAGUAGAAACCAAAUGGCAUUAUUAGUGCACUUAGACUAGUUUACAGCUUUAACCUUUCAUUCUGUUCUAAUCUAGUCAAGGUUACUUUAAGAAUGUUAUUAUAGCUAAUACACUUGUAAAUUGGGGUUUAGGGGCUUUUUGCAUAGAUUUUAAUGACAGAUCUUUUUUUGUAAUGACUCUGUGUCACACCAGUUUACUUAUUUUUUUUUCUGAUGGAAAGUUUGACAAGUCGAGGUUCAGCAUUGCUUAUUUUUCAUGAAGAUGUAAGAGCUUGUUUUUAGUCACUCUGCUAAAUCGUAGGACUUUUGUCAUUAGCUCGCCCUGUCUGGCCUUCCACGGGGGUUGUUUUUUCCCCCCUUUGGUUGCGGCUUUAUUACAUAUUUUAAAUUGUGUUUUUGUGUCUGAACUUUUUAUUUGUAUUGAACCUCGUGAUUAAUGUACCUAUCAAGACCUUGUUAUUCCAAGUGGUUUGGUUGAAAAUUGUAUUUAUUAUCACUUCAAAAAGGACAGGAGGGCAGUAGCAGGACAGGUGUUUGGUAAAUUUGAUUUUCUAGGUCAUUAUUUUGUGUUUAGUUAGUUUGUUUGUGUUGUCAUUUUCAAGCCAGCAAAGCGACGUGAAAGCUCUACCUCGUCUGAGCCAUUCUCAGUUCUGUUAUACUUUUGUAAAUUUCAAAAACAUAUAAUGUCAUGUCCAAAAUAAAGACACAUAAAAUGAUAACUUUUGCCAGCCUUUCA